CCUCCGCCCCGCCGCCGGGCUCGGGGGUGGCCGGGAGGCGCGGGGCAGCCCCGCGGCGCCGACGAUGGAGCCACCGGUGCCGCCGCCUCAGGAGCAGCCGCCGCGCCCUCGCUCCCACACGGUCACCACCACCAGCAGCUCCUUCACCGCCAACCUGUCGGCCAGCUCCAGCACCCUCGCCUACGACAGGGAGUUCCUGCGGACCCUGCCCGGGCUUCUCAUGGUGGCCGAGAUCGUAUUGGGGCUGCUGGUGUGGACCCUGAUUGCUGGAACAGAAUACUUUCUAUAUCCAGCCUUUGGCUGGGUGAUGUUUGUAGCUGUGUUUUACUGGGUUCUCACUGUCUUCUUUUUGAUCAUCUACAUGACAAUGACCUACACCAGGAUCCCCCAGGUGCCAUGGACCACGGUGGGUCUGUGUUUUAAUGGAAGUGCCUUCAUUUUGUACCUCAUUGCUGCCAUUGUAGAUGCAUCUUCAGUUACCAAAGAACUGGACAGUCACAAUUACAACAGCUGGGCAGCUUCUUCAUUCUUUGCCUUCGUGGUUACCUCCUGCUAUGCUGGAAAUACGUAUUUUAGCUUUAUAUCUUGGCGAUCACGAACUUUGCAGUAAAUAUGUUGUUAAAAUGAAUUCUGUAGUAUAAAAUAUCUUGAUUAUACUCUUGACAAAAGCGUGGAAGAGGGAUGAGGUCUUCUUGAACAUUUCUGUUAGAAUUGACACAAUAUAUUUUAAGCUGAGAUUAAAUGAUUAUUUAUAAUACAAUACCAUCUUUAGAGACAUCUAACACCGACUUUGUACUGUAUAAUAAAAUUUCAUACUGCUUCUUUUAAAAUUAACGUGGUAUUUUUCUAGACAUUGUAUAGAUGUUAUUACUAAACCUUUAAUAAAUCUCACUCAGACAAUGUGCCAAUUUUGUAAAUGUAACUUUUUAAAUGUUACAGGUAUACUUUUGAUACUGAAUGCUACAAAUCAAAACUAAGAUUGAUACUGUCUCAUUAUUAUGUAUAAAAAGUGACAUUGUGCAGAAAAAACCCACCCAAAGCUUUAAAAAUAAAUAAAUAAUUGACCCAACUGUGCAUGUUUUGUAAACUGGGAGUAGAAGGUUGCUUUUUAAAUUUCUUUUUCGGAGUAAAAUAUAUACUACUAAGAAUUCUGAUGAUCCUGUCAGUUUGCAUAUUCUAACAACUUCUCACAAUCAUGAGAUUGCUUUUGGAACCUGUUACUGUACGUCUGAAGCUCGCUGAAGGAAUGUUGCACCUGAAACAGAUUAUCUUAACAGGUUUCUCAAAUCCAGCAGACUCCAAGGCAUAAGUCUAGACAACAGUCCCUUAGUGCUCAGUGUUUAACCUACUGAGAAUAUCACAAAACACCUACUAAAGGUAAUACAUUUUUUUUCUCAGGGGACUGUGUUUUUCUCUUUUCUCCUCAGAUUAGGCCAUUAAUCUGUCCUAAUUAAAAUCUGGGCUUCUAAAUCCUAUUAAGUGCUAUAAAGAUUAAAUCCAUAGAAGAAUUGUCAAGACGCCAGUGCUAGCAACAAAGAAUUUCUUCCCUCCUUUCCUAUCUACUGGCAUCAUCUGUGAGUUGUUAGUUUAACAAAUGAAGUUUUUAAUUUGAUGCUCAUUUUUAAAUAUCUUUGAGUCAAGCAGAAGUAUGACAAGAUUAUGACUUGCAAAACUGAUACCUUUGAAAAUGACUUUAAAACACAAAUUACCUAAGGAAUUUUUUUUCCAGGAAUUCUGUGGAGAGUGUAA